AACUCAUACAUGCUGAUAUCAAUACAAAUGAAUAUGUGCAAGAACAGCUUAUUUGAGACCUAUUAUCAAUCUUUUUAGAAGAUAUUUCUCUUCAUUUUGUACUUAAUCUUUUAAAAUAUUUUUUAUUUACAAAACAAAAGAGGUUUACAUAUCAUGCUUUUAACAGGAAACAAUACAGUGGGAAUGAGUGUGUGAGAGUGUGGAAGCAGCAGUAAUGGCGUCAGGGGGAGAAAGCAGCGCUCCUGCAGAGGACGAGGGGGGCGUCCCACUGGACAUUGAUGAUGUACACUUACUCUUACAAGUGGAACAAGAGCAGAUCCAGAAGAGGACGUUCACGAACUGGAUCAAUGCACAGCUCUCCAAGAGGAACCAUCCAACUGUUGUCCAGGAUCUGUUCUCAGAUCUUCGAGAUGGGACUCGACUGCUCGACCUACUGGAGGUGAUGAGUGGCCAGCGUUUGAAGCGCGAGCGGGGUCAUGGUGUGUUUCAGCAAAGAGGCAACCUCGAGACCGCUUUGAACUUCUUGAAGCAUAAAUCAAUCAAGCUGGUGAACAUAAACAUCCCAGACAUCAUAGAGGGGAAACCUUCCAUCAUUCUGGGCCUGAUAUGGACCAUUAUUCUGCACUGUCAUAUAGAGGAGCUAGCCAGCACUCUCUCUUACGGAUCCCGUUCAUCCUCCCUGGACUCUCUGUCCAGUCUGGAUUCUGUUCCUGGGUCUCCAGGCAGUAGUCCCGUUCCUCGAGGAUCAUCACCGCUCCACACGCGCUUCCGUCUGUCUGCUAAGAAGGCUUUGCUCCUGUGGGUACGGGACCAGUGCCAGAAAGUUGGUUGCUCAGCCAGCGUGAGGGACUUUAAGUGCAGCUGGAGGAGUGGUGAGGUGUUUCUGGCCAUUCUCUGCUCCCUUAGACCUGAUCUGGUAGACCUCUCUCAAGCACAGUCCAGCAGCCACCGGGAAAACCUGGAGAGGGUGUUUUACCUCGCUGAGAAGGAGCUCGGAAUUCCCAGACUGCUCGAGCCAGAAGACAUUGAUGUCAGUAACCCCGAUGAGAAGUCUAUCAUGACAUAUAUUGCUCAGUUCCUGCAGUACUCCAAUGAUCUGCCUGUAGCUGAUGAUGAUUUUGAGCUUCAAACUCUUCUCUUUCCCACUUGCCUUUCUCCUGUCAACCUCCCUACAUACUUCUCUCCUGCUGUGCUGGCCUCACCAAUCCACCAGGCUUCACCCUGUCAGAAAGCCAGAGAGAUGAAAUGCUGGCUAAAGCGAGCCUAUCAGGAGUUACUGGAGGCCUGGAAUUCCACGGAGGGAAAGGGAUAUGCACAUAAGUAUCAGGCAUUUCAGAACUUUGUGGGCACUUAUUAUGAGCAGCGCCGUCCAGUUAUUCCACUUCUCAGUGCAAUGAGACGUUGCGCUAAACCAAGUGAGGAGCAGAUGGCACUGAGAAAAGCCUGGGACACCAUGGAAGAGAGGUUACAAGAGUAUAGAACAGAGCUUGAUGUUGGUUUGCCAGCCCCUCUAAACACACUUGGCCGGUGGCUCCAGCAUAUGGAGGCUGUGCUGUCUGAAGACAGUGGGAGCGUUGAAGAUCAUGCACUUGGUGCCAGAGACGCCAGACACAAGCAGGAACAGCUGAAGGUCUUGGUUGAGGACUUAAGCCAGCACUUGAACACCCUUCAUCAAUACCAUAACACAGAUGAUGAAGUGCCAGUUGAGAAGCUGGAGGAGAUCAAGAGACGUUUCACCAGUGCCAGAGUGACAGCCAAGUACCAUGGCAUCAAGCUACAAUACAGAGAGCAGCUGCACCAUGUUUAUGACCUGCUGGGACAUCUGAAGUCUAAGCUGAGCUUGUGGAGAGGGCCUUACGGCUCCCAGGAUUCUGUACACUCUCUGUUACAGGAUUGGCAUGACACUGUUGACAAGCAAGGUCUAGUGUGGACGUUGAAAGAAACACUUGAUAAGUUGAAGGACACAGCUGUCGGCUAUACUAACAAAGCAGCUCUGGCUGAUGACUCACCUGUGGUAAACAGACAGGUAAAGGAGGCCGAUAGUGAGACGGGGGUCAGUACAGAAGCUGCAGAAGCUGUAAGAUCCACCAUGGAGCGUGUUCUGGCUGCAUGGGAGUCCUACAAAGACUGCCUGUAUCUAUUACAGGUCUGGCUGGGGCAGGAGAAACAGGUGGAGGCUCAAGAGCACAAGCAUUUUUCCUCCAGCCUGAAUGAGUGGAGAUCACGUCAAGCCCAGCUGAAUGAGGCGGGAAACUUUCUCAUUGAGAUGAGCGACGCCUCCACCAGCCAUUCUCUGACUGAAGAGCUCUGCAAACUGAAUUUGCAGUGGGCUGACUUCAUAAAAAGGACCAAGUUUGAAGUGGCUCCUCAGCCCAUCUCUGCAGUCCCAGGUGUAGAAGCUUCCCUGAUGCAGGAAGCCAGCUGGGUGCUUCGAGAAACUGUUGAGGUGUUAACUGGACCUCUGCGUAUUUACAGAAAGAAACUUCAGGGCAUAAUUAAGAAAAUGUCUGAGUUCAAUCUGACCUCUUUGUCUCCAUCUCCAGACUUCAAAGAAGAAACUCUUCAGAAACUCAGACAAACUCUUCCAGAGAUGCUUGAGACUUUGACCCAUGUGGAUCAGGUGUGUGAGAGACUCCAGAAAGCUACAUCUCUCCUCGAGGGCAGGCUGGCUGAGCUUGAAAACUGGAGCACGGAAGCCCAAGAGGUCUACCACCACCUAAAGGAAAGGCAGCAUAGGGGCCACCAGGGGCCGCAUCCCAGGUCUAAAGCACUGAUCUCCAGAGGUCUGCAGUUGGAAGGACAGGUGGUGACAGAAGGUGAAGACCUGCAGGUGCUUGUGACGUUGAUGCAAAAGAAGUCCUCCCUUCCUUACCUCAUCACAUCCGCAAUACAAGACCGACUGAAACGGACAGUCUCACACUGUCAGGAGAUUACUGGGAUUCUCAGUUCUCAUGGAGUGAAGCGUGAAGGACAGCCUGUAAUUGCGCAGCCUGCUUCCAAGGUUUUUGUGAAGGCACAUUCUCAGCCUGAAUCCCAAACUAGAAUCGUUCAACACCAUCAAGAUCAGACUUUCUUCCAAAGCAGCAAACUUUCUCUAGAGAGCCCAGUAGAACCUCAAAACCAAGAUCUCCAUUCUUCUCAGCUGCAGUCACAAUUGGAAGCCACCCAAAGCAAAACUAUAUGCCAACUACAGCAUGCAGAGCUAGAACAGCCUUUAUUGUCAUCUGUUGUUGACUGGAAGGUUCAGUUGAAACCCCAAACUGAUGUUCAACUGAUCAAUGUAGACUCAAGCUUAUCUAAUCGCUUUAGACCAUCAGAUCCUGAAGCUGCCUCAGUAAACUCAAGCCGAAACAGUAGCUUAGGACCAUUACAGGUUAUCUCUGUCGACCCAAACCAAUCCAGUGACUUUGGACCAUCCGAGCAACAGGAUCGUUCUGCAAACUCAAGCCAAACCAGUGGUUUUAGACCAUUGCACUCUCUUCAGGUUUUAUCUGUAGACUCAGGCGAAACUAGGGGCUUUGGACCAUCAGAGAUUCAGGAUAUCUCUGUAGACUCAAGCCAAAGCAGUGACAUUGAACUGUCGAACACUCAGUUUCUGUCUUCAACUGCUUCCAGCUCAAGCAUGUUUCUUGCAUCGGCUACCAUGACUCAGCGAAGAAUGCCAGUUGAGCAGCAUCUUGAGUCACCGCCUGCUUGGCAACCACAAACCUCCUUGAUGACCCAAAACCAAAGACAAAAGGUUCUGGCUAAAAGUCACAGUUUUCCAAAGCCCCAUGAGCCAUUACAAACUCUGGCUGUUAUCUCACUUGAGUCCUGCCCAAGCACUUUGCAUACACCAGUAACAGUGAUUCAACAAAGAACGCCUAUCGAACAAAACCUUGGUUCACCACCAAAAAGGCAACCUCAGACCUCUCUGACGACCCAACACCAAAGACAAAGGGUUCUAUCCAAAAGUAACAGCUUUCCACAGCCAUCAGAGGCUCCAGGUGUUCCCCAUGUCCCAGUACAUAAUGAGGUGUAUGCCAGAGCUCAGGCUUUGGCCAGGAGCAGGCUGGAUAAAGCAAAACAGCACCUGCAUGAACACAUACAGGAUGUCAUCACAUUGAUAAGUACCAGAGACAAAUCUAAAAAACAAACCAAGAAAAAACAGACAGUGUCACGCCUUCUCAGGCCUUCAGUGUUGGAGGUGUUUCUAGAAACUGUGAAGGGAAUGGGUCAUUUUUGCUCUGAAGCCCAGCUCAGAGACAUGGAGCUCCUCUCUCAGUCAGUCAGGGCCGAAUGGGAGGUAUGUGCCACAGCAUCUGAGCGUUCAGUGCAUUUGGAAGCCUUGAGAAGAAUUACAGAGCAUCUGCAGCCCACAGAGAGCACCACCCUUCUGAGAACAGACAAGAGGGUGGAGAGCGUUCAACGUCUCACAGGCUCCACAAGUGACUUGACACCAUUCCAAGACGGGGGGGGAGCAGUCGAGGAUAGUGUCCUGCUGAGAAAGACUGUACUGGUGGAUGACCUGAGCUGCGUCCACUCACAGGCUGUUGUCCAGACCAACGUUGUGGAGAUAAAACAGAUACCAGUGAGGACAGUGAUCCAUCCCUGUUCAGCACAGGAAGAGGUUGCAGCACAGGAACCUCAGAGCAGCUACAGUGCUGCACAGUCAGUUCUCCAGCAGCAACUGCUUAACAACAGUCAGCAGCUGGAAUCAGAGUUUCCCAUCAGCCCCGGCAGCAAUGCUGCUGACUCGCUGAGGAUUCAACUCCAGCACGUACUGGCUCUUAAGGACCGGACGGAGGCUCUGUGGCGCGAGUUUGAGCUUCAGCGUUCCCAAAGCUCUCAGCACAUGGAAGAUGGCUGUAACAUGGAGCAGGAGAGAGCUCAGCUCAUUCAACAGUGGAGCGAACAACAGAUGUGCAUUCAGGCCAGGGUGAAGUCUCUUGAAACUGUGAUAAAGCUGCAGGAGUCAGCAGACAUUCAGAUUGGACUGAUAUCUGAUCACAUCAAACGGAUCAAUCAGAAACCUCUCAAUAUUAGAAACUUUGCCAUUGCUGAUCCCGAAAAUCUACAGGAAGAACUAAAGUGUCUAGAUGAAAGUAUCGAGAAAGAGCUGUUUCUCCUUAAUAAGAGUGGUGGUUCAGUUAGUGACGCUGCUAAGCUGAGCCACAUUGAGCACUCCCUGCAGCAAACUAUCCACGAUCGCGCAAAAUGCUUGGACCAGCAAAGACAAUGUCUGAAAAAGAGUGAAUCGGCCCUGAGGGGCAUCGUUAGACUUCUAUCACAUCUCCAGCAGGUGAAUGACGACCUCAGUGCAGCUCACGGUGCAUCAAAUCGCAGUUUAGUCUCCUUCCAGCAAAGCCUUCAGCAGGCCAGGGAAGAAUCGGUUCAGCUAGACCGAAUGCUGGAUGAUGCUUGCAUGAGAAUAACUCUGGAUGACAAACCAGGCAGCUGUCAUGAGAUUGUGUCUGCUCUGGCCCUGCGAGCCAAAGAAGUCGAGACCAGACUGCCUGCAGGGCUGAAGCAAACUGAAGGAGGAAAAGGAAGAGCGGAGGGAGAACAGAGGGACAGAAUGUUUGGUAGGAAGAGGAUGGGCCUGCAGGUCGCCCUGAGGGAGGUGCUGGCGGCACUCGAAAAACAUGGCCUGAAAGAGCCCACACUUCCUGCACUACAGCACAGGUUACGCUUUCUGACAGACAUGGAGAGCAAACUGGUUGCACUACAGUCAGAGAUUCGGGAUCUGAGAAGUACUUGUGCACAGUCAAGCACCUCAGAGAUAGCCAUUAGCGAGCUGCAGACACAAUGGGAAAAUGCACACAGAGCAGUCACAGAGAGUCGUGAACAGUGUGCCUCCCUGAGCGAACUACUGAAGAAGUUCCAGAGCUGCCGCAAUCGCUUGGGCAGCACUUUGCAGAAAGCAGAGCAGACAAUUGGUGAUCAGGCCUCUUAUAUGGGCAAAGACAACCUGCAGCUACUGAUCAGUAAGGUGACCAGUAUAAAGUCAGAUCUCAGUGGUCUUGGGGACGGGGUGGAGGAGUUCAGAGCUGUUUGUCGACAGCUGCAGUCUGUGAUGAGAAGGAUCCCAGACUGUGCAGAUGCUCCAUUUGAGAGUGAGGCUGACACCCUCAUGGACCGCUGGCUUGAUGUCACUGAGAAGACAGACUGUCAUCUGGACAACCUUCAAGCUGGCUUCUGUCUUUGGGAAAAACUCCUACUGUUGGCUGGAGAGGUGGAGGGCUGGAGCAUCCAAAAGCUGAUGACACUUGCCGAGUCACAACCCUUUCAGACAGAGCAGGAUGUGUCUGCCAUGCAGAAUGAACUCAGAAUUCAAGAGGAGAACAUUGAACAUUUCCAUCGCAGAUCUUCAGAGAUCCAGGAGCUGCUACAGAGUCCUGAGUUUCCACUGGAGCUACAGGUGAUUGAGAGCCAGCUGAAGAAGAAGAUGGCAGAGGUGAAGGAGCUCUUUUCUGAGACCAGUGAUGUUUUUAGACAGCUGGAAGCUGCCAAGGGGAAGGUGACGUCUGAUAUGGCAGAUCACCUGUCCUCCAUUCAGACUAUCACAAACACUCUGAUCUCACUGUCCACAUCUGAGAGCCCACAGGUCCUCAAAACAAUCCAGGCUUUAUCUGAGCAGUUGCAAGCUGAGGCAGAGCAGGCAGAUGCAUUACUGCAGCAGAUAAGUCUUCUGGCCAGUAUUGCAGGUCUAGAAAAUCUGCAGAUGCUGGCUGAAGAUGGAGCUCACCUUCGAGAAAGUAUCUGCAUGGCCAGAGAGCUGGUCAUAGUGAAGAGAGAACAAGCAAUGAAUCCCAACAGACCUGAAAAUCAAAUGAUCCAAAACCCUAAGCACGUCAAGCCCUUGUUCGAAAAAACUGAAGAUACUACACCAGAUAUACAGUCUGAAUCUAAAACAGAGGAACAGUCAAAAAGAGGCAAGACACAAGAUGAGUUGAAAGACUUCAACUGGGCCAAUGAACCACAGGUUUCUAAGGAUGUGAAUAGAGAGGUCAAACCUGAAGAGAAACUCACAGCAACACAGGUUGUAAAACAAGUGGACGGAAAAAUUGUAGAGGUCCUGCAGACAAGCUGUACUCCAGAGGGUCAGACUGCUCUCUCCCAAGAUGUUCAGAUGCUGUUUGGAAAAACACCUGCCCUGAGAAAAAUCUUAGAAGAUGAGAGGAAUCAGGAAGGGAACUCAGAUGGAAGUUCCAUUCUGUGCAUCGAGCCUCAGCAGCCUGGAGUGUCCACAGAGGAGCUCCGGUCAGUUCAGGUUUCCACUGACAGUGAAGUGGAUGAUAUGGAUUGUGUAAAUGUAAAAUGCUUGCCCACAAAGGAUGAUCUGUUACCUUGCUCAGAACAACAAGCAACCGAAGUUGGGAAACUUCCAUCCAGCCAUGACAGAAAUAAACAGCAGUUCACGUCUGGACCUAAAGAGGUAGAUGAAACUAGAUUUGUAUCAAGGGAAGGUGACAGCAAAUCCACUCAUGGCUCAUCCUGUGAAUCAUUAAAGCCUGACUUUACCAUAGUGCUGGAUUCAAAUCUUACUAAACCCAACCAAAACCCACUAAUGCAAGCUGGUCCAGCUUGUUCAACUAAAUGGGAGGCUGUUUCAGUUGUUCAUGAUGGGACCGCAGAGACAUCAGAGGAUGACUUGAAACUCUUGGAAGUCAAACUAGAUGCAGCUGUAGAUGAAGGAUGCAAUUCAAUAAGCUUUGCUGAUGAAGCUGUACAUUUAUGUGCAGAACUUUCAACAUCAGGAGUGAAGUUUGAAGAAAACAGCCACACCGGUAAUAUUGAACCCACUCAUUCUGAUCUAGACUUUGAUUUCAGGCCUAAACUAGAGGAGGACAUGUCUACUCAAGCAUUUGACCCAAUGCUCUCAUAUCUAGAGAAGCAUCAAAGAAGCUCUGGAACUGCUAAGAAAGUAUUUACCAUCAUCCUGGAUGUUGAUACUCCUCCUUUAUCAUCAGACAGGUAUCGAUCACUGCAAGAGACUGAAGGGUCAACCACAAAUGAUUUCUCCCAUUCAGAUGUAAAAAAUCAACAAAGGAGCUCCUUUGGUACUGAGAAACAUGAAGGCCAAAUGGCUGAGCUAGAUUUAACAGAAGAGUCCAGUGUCAAAUCAACUAGCUCUGAAAUGCAACCGGAAAUGAUGCCAGCUAUUCUUAUCCAACCCCAAAUCCCUGAGAUCAUGGAGAUUGACUCUCAAAAAAGCGAAAAAGAGAAGCAACAUGAAGUCACUGAUGUAGAAACAUUAAGCCAAAUGGAUGUCCACACAGGACAAGGCAAUGAGUCAGGGUCUGUAGUUCACCAACAAGAUGUCCCAGUGUUGAAGGGUCAUAAUGAGGAUGACAAAAAUACCUUUAAAGAGGCUUCAACUCUUCAACUCUUCACUCUUCAAAAGCCUCAAAAAGUUGCUAAAGGUAAGAAGAAGAACAGAAAACCAGCUAGUGUAGAGAAAGCAAGCAAUGUCAGUAAUAAAAAGCUGAACAUAUGUAAAUCCGAACAGAAGAACACAACUGACUCAAAAAGCCUUAAAACUUCUAAGGCGAGGCCACUGGACAAUGCAGAUACUUCAUUGACUGCGUUUACAGACAUUAGUCAGCCAAGCACUGCAAAGCCAUUGAGGACACAAGACGAAGCUCUGCAGAAAGAGACCUCGAAUCAAACUAAAACAGAGUAUGGCCAUUUUGAAAAUGUUAGUAUCUCACUCGCCAGAGGUCCUCAUAUUAGUACCACAGAUAUUAGUACCACAGAGUCUGUGGAGUCAACACAUACAAAGGACUUAGAAAUAACACCAACAGAUUCUUCAUCUGUUGUAACAGUUGACUGUAUAACACAAAUUCCUACCGCAAUCCUAUCAGAGUCACAGCUCAACCGUGCUGAAACUCGGAGGAAAGAGGAUUCAGAUGGCCCAUUGCAGCAUGAAGAAAUGCACACAGUUAAUUCAGAUCCACCUGCCGGGAACAAAAUACCCCAAAACAGAGGAUCAGUAGCAGAUGGUGAGGAUAAAACAUGGCACGUGGAGCAGCCUACUGGGACACAUGUGUGGGCUGUUUUACUGGACACCAUCACUGAUGUUAAGCCGCUACAGAUGACCAGUCACGGUUCUGAGGAAUUUAGAUCAAGUGAAGAUUCUUUGUUUCAGAACUCACUCUUAGAGUCUGAGAGCAGUCUGGCAUGGACUGUCCUGUGGGUGUUCAGAUGUCGCUACCGACCAGCCCAACUCAGCAUUGCACAUAUGACUCAUCAGCUGGAAGAGGCUGAGAUGUGCCGGCAGUAUGUCUUGGAGCAGGUGGCUAGACUCCCUCAAAGUGAAUCUAGUGCGGUACACUCCACAAAGCCUGAUGGCAGAUUGAACAUGGUAAUAAUGGAUGCCACAGCUAUGGUGGAGUACAAAAAGACACAGCUUCAGCAGGUCACACAGUACCACCAGCAAAAACAGGCUCUCGUGGAUAAUCUACACAACCUGGAGGCUGAGCUCAGCACACUGACACAGGAUUGCACUGACAGCAGCACUUUGCAACUGGAGAAGCUGAAUGCAUUCUUGAAAAACCUGCAGAAGAAGAGAGGCAUAGUAGAGGAGCUCCUACAGACGUGCUCUCAGAUUUCAGCCCAUCUCUGUGAGACAGAAGGACCCGUGGCUUGCAUUGAACCAUUUAGGACUUUACAGGAGAGAUGGCAAACUAUGGAACGGGUUGCUUCCAGCAGCCUGUGGUGUGCUAACAUUUGCACAGCAGAACAAGUUGUACUCCUGCAAGAAGCCAGAGAGCUACACCAUGAACUGGAGCUUCUGGAGAAGUCAGUUUCUCUUCCGCAUCCCUCUCAAGGACAGACAGACUGCCAAAGUGUGCUACAAGAGACUGUCAGACCUUCAGACCUGACAGUGUUAACUGAUCGCUACUUGUUUCUUCUUGAGGUCUCUCAGACUCUCUCCUCAAGUCCGCUAGGAAAAAAAGAGCUCAGAGAUGUGAAGGACGCAAUGCAGGGCUUGAGUUGUCAGCUUGCUCUGACUCAGGACAAGCUCAGCUCUCAGACUUCGAAUGGCAGUGGGUGCUCACCGAUCAUAAGGAUUAUUAAGGACUAUGGUACAUGGGCUAAGCAAAUAGAAAGCAAAGUCAGUAUGAGAAGGAGGUUGUCUCUGUUUCCUGAAGAAGCAAGUCACCAGGUCAAUUACAUGAAGAAACUGCAGUCUGAAAUAUCUCUUAAGAGGUUUCAGUUAGCCUCUGUUCUGAAAGAGCUAAGAGAGGAAGUUACAGGACUCGAUGAGGAGGAUUCCAUAUCACUCACCCUCAAUUCUGUGGAGGAUUUGUACAUUAAGCUUACAGAGAAGACUGAAUGUGCUGUUGCAGAAAUGAACAGAAUGUUUCAAAUUAGAGAAAGACUGUGGAAACAGAUCAUUGAUAGCAGCUCUUGGUUGACUUCAGUAUUAGAAAAAGACUCUGGUAAAACAGUGGCUUCUGAACCUAAAACUACAAUACCAGAAUUGAGGGUUCAACUUCAGGUAUGCACAGAGGCUUUGAAGGAUGCUGAAAGACAAGCAAAUAAUCUGGACACUGUGAUAGAUGAAAUCAAAAAUGUGAAUCAUGGUCUAAGUGUACCUGAAAGUUUUCAGCUUAUCAGUAGGCUAACAGACUUACAAGAAGAGGUCUCUAAGGUUGUGAACCGUAAGUGGGCCUUGCACUGGGUGCUUGAAGAACUCCUUCAAUCUCAGGAAUCUUCUGCUGAGGAACAGAACAUCAUUCUGAAGAGCUUGAGACAGAUGAGUGCUGAUGUUAUGAGGCAGAAGUAUCCUGUGACAACGGGCUCACUCUUGACUCUUGAUCCAGUCAAGCACAAGGUAAUGGAGCUCCUCUGCAAGGUGCCAGAAAUUAACUACUGCCCAGAUUCUCGGAGGAAAGAGAUGCUCAACGUUGUACUAGACCUACAGAGGAGAAUACAUCUGCUGGAGUUGCAAGCUAAAGAUCAUGAGGAAUACCUCAAUUUAAGGCAGAACAUGGAAAAUUCCAAAGAGGAAGUGAAGAAGGGCUUGUCGCAGAGUGUAGACUCAAGUGUAGGAGCUGAUGUAAGGCUCAACUUUUGUCAGACUGUCCUGGUGGAGCUGCCUUUGUUGAGAAUGACAUGUCAAGAAACCGCUGACCACCUUGAGGCCAUUUCGAAAGAUCUCUAUCCAUCCCAACUGUCAGCAGAAAGGCACAAAAUCCGUUUGGUCAUUGAGCAGCUCGCCUCUUGGGAGCUCACAGUAAAAAAUGAGGCUAAAACCCUUGAAUGUUCCCUGGCAGAGCGACUCGGCUGUCCUACAGAUCUCAGUCCACUCGCUGAGCUCUUCAACCGUGUCCGGCAGCAGCUGAAGCAGGCCAUCUGCUUGGAGCCAGAUAAUAAGACCAUUGAUAAACAGCUACGAAAGCACUGGAUGCUAAUCCAGACCAUAGAGUCUGUUCUACGAAUGUUGGAGCACUGCAGGAAAGAAGUAGAUGUUGAAAGCUACCAGAUGACCAUUGAUCUGGGCCAGAGAACUCUUAAUGAUUGUGGUAUGCAUAUGGACAAGCUGCUUCAAGCUAGGGAGGCUCUGAAGCAUUACCACUGGGCUGUUCAGGGUGCAGAGAGCUUUUUUCAACACAUUGGAUCCAAUCUUAUCAUCCCCUCUGAUGGCUUCAGAGGCUACAAAGAGGAGCAUCACUACGUUCAACAGAUUUUCAGCACUCUGGUUGAGGGUUUCCAGACCCGCUUGUCUGAAGUUGGUGCUUCUGUUCCCCAGCAGACAUGCCUUUCUAUCCCUCUAACCGAACAGCUUCAUAUUGAGGUUUUGAGUCACCUUCUAGUACAAGAUGCCAAAUUAGAAGCUCAGGCUCAGCUAAGACUUGAGGCCUUGCAGAGGUCCAUGAAAGAUCAAAUUGUGCACAUGAGUCACCAUGAAGAACUGAGUCAACUUCUCAAAAAUGUUGAUUCUCAAAUCUCAACAUUUUUAAGUCAAAAACCAGCCGAUUCUGAAGCCUGCCAAGACCAGCUGCGGAAAGUAAAGGUGCUUCAGACAGAGCUGAAGAACCUUGCUACAAAGCUGGAGGAACUAAGGGAAAGCUGCCCAGGUCUUCGCUGCAAGGCACCGGUGGAUCUGAUGCUGGGACAAUUGUGGAGGUCUUGGGCAGUGCUGCAGUGCAGAGUGGAAUCACUCAAAGCUAGCAUGUCUCAUAAAGAAGCAGAGUGGAGAGAUUUUGCGAUACGUCUGAAUAAAUCAAAGGAAGGUCUUGACAGACUUCAGAAUGAUCUUCCAGAUUCAUCUACGGUUAAGGGAUCCCUGGUGGAUCUUCAGGGCAUUCUGAGCUUCACUGAGCGCCUUCAAGAUGGUAUCGAGCAGGAGCAUCACACUUUGGCAUCUCUGCAACACCAUGUGGCGCGAUUGCUUGGGGUCUCAAAUUUGCAACAGCUGAAAGUGUGUCCUCAAAUCUGUCAGGACUUGCAGUCUCUACAGGGUCAAUGCAGAAGUCUCCGAGAUCAGAGCAAUAACAUCCGUCGGGAGGUGCUUUUUGAGAUCCAGGAGUUGGGCCGUGUGCAGGAGGAGCUGAGUGCAAUUCAGCAGAAUGUUCUCUCUCUUUUAACGGCUUUACAGUCGGAGUCAGCUGCUCAACACUUACAGGAAGUCAAAGUGGAAUUGGUUUCACAGAAGGCUCGACUGCAGGAUGUCAUGGACAGAGUGCAAAAGAAAUGGAGUUGUGUACCUGCAGAGAUUAAGAUCUUGCACAAUGAGCUCAACAUCUUAAUGCAGGAGGCCAAAGACAAAUUGGUCAUGGUCAUGGAGAGAACUGGUCCUCUCUGCAAAAUGAGUGAGCUGGUUGGAGAGGUGAAGGUGGGCUUGAAUUGUGUGCAGGCCCUGCUGAAGCAAACAAGUCCUAAUAUUUCUGAGGCUGAACGUACACAAAAGCGCAUAUGGGAUGAGCUGGACCAGUGGCACACUCGGAUAGCUGAGCUGGAGGCCGAGGUGCAGGACCUGGCUGAGCAGAAGCCUGAGAGAGCGCACAUCCUCAUGGACCAGCUCACAGAGCCCCUGCAGCUCUACCAGACCACAGCCAAACAGGCCGAGCAAAGGACCGCCCUCAUCAGCAAAAUUCCUGCUUGUCUGCAGGACUAUGAGGGUUUACUCAAUAGCUCCAACUGCUGGUUGAGAGAGGCUCAGUCCUGGCUGGUUGCUCCCAGAACCUAUACCGCUGCAAAAUGUAUCCACGGUCAUGCCAACUCCCUCAAGAUGAUGCUGGAUGAAUCGGAGGGAUACAGGGCAGCUCUGGAGGCCUUCCUGCCUGCUCUGCAGGAGAUCACUCCAGUGUGUGACACCACCCCUCAACAACAUCUUCUCCAACUGUGUGUACAAAACAUCACACUCAUGCAGCAAAGCGUUCUGGACCCUCUCUCCCACCUUCAGCACCUAGCAGCUGAGAUGGAUGCCAUUGAAGCAGAGGUAAAGACAAUGGAGAGAAAUAUAACUAAGAUCAGAACAAUCCUUUCAGCCACAGACACAGAGAAUAUUUCUCCUGAGGAACAUCUUGAGAACAUACAGGUCAUUCUUGAUAAUGUCCAGUCCAUGAAGAGAACCAUUGAUGAGAUUGAGAGCUGCAGGCCAGAUCUGGGGCUUCCUGCCGGGGCAGAGCAAACUCUCACCGCCUUCCAUCGGGCUCAAGACCUCCUGCAGCCCAUCCAGGAGCUACAGCAGCUCAGUGUGGAGCGGAACACAGCGCUAAGGACCUCUAUUGGACAAACAGCUGAAACGAUUCUCCCUUCAGACCGAAUCACAGAAUUCACAAUGCCACAUCUUUACACCGGAGAUGUGAGGGUCUCCAUGGAAGGCCCUUACACUGAGGAGGAAGAUGAAGACAAUCAGUCUUCAUCCUCAGGAACUCUCACAUGCAGUGUUCCAGAGGACCCAGAUGAGACAAUAGAGGAGGAUGAUAUUAAGUCAGGCUCUGCCUCUGCUGAAACAGAGUGUGUCAUUAAGGACACAUCUCCUGAAGAAGUUGAUUUUCCUGCAGUCAAGCAUGUAAUUCAGGACGCUGACAUAGGAAGUUGUUUACUGGAGCCUUCUGACUUCUUUGAAAUGCCUGGCGUAGUCAACAGACUAGUUACCGAAGAAACAAGUUCCCUACCUACAUCCCAACAAUUGAAGGAAUUUGCAAUUGAUGCUUGGCUGAAGCCUGAGGAAAAGCAAAACGAGUGCACUGAAGCUAAGUCGACUGAAGCAGUACCAGCAAAGCCAGGAAUAUGCUCAGAGAUCACCGAGUUAAAAACAAGUGAUACCAUUGAACUGACUGAAGAGUCUAAAUCUGUAUAUCAGAAUGAAUUAUCCAUAAACACAGAAACAGGGACAAGUGAACAAGUGAAGAAAAUAAACCCAAAGUCACCUGACACAGAGGCAGUAAAUGUUACCGAUGGUGACCAGACCCAGACAGAGUCUAAACCCAUCGAUGCCACAGCUCCUCUUGCACUCUUCUCCCAGCAUGCAGUAUGUGUGCCACAGGAAGAUACAGCACUGGAAAUACAGAGAGAUGUUAAUGAGGCUAUCAUUCACCAAAGCAGCAGCGUGUCUCAGGACCACUCAUCUCAGCACACAGAAACUGUCAGUGAUCUGUCACAGUCUGAAGGAGGGGCUGAAGAGCAGAGUUUGGUCCAGCUUCUCACCUCACCUGGAUCAUGUCAGGAUAUCAGUUCUUUAGAGACGAGGCGGCGUCUGUUAGAGUUUCCGGUGUCUGUAUUGAAUGCCAGUGAAUCUCAGAUGGAAGACACAACCAAACUCCUCAAGGACAUUUCAAGAAUCAAGAGUCUGCAAGGUUGGUCAUGGACUUUGGCACAUGAGCGGCGGAGAUCGGCGGCACAGAAUAACGUUGAGCUCCACAGAUGUUCUGAAGCUCUUCUAAAGGGUCUGCAGGGUCUCCUCGAGUUGGGCUCUGAGCGGCUGCUGCACAGUCAGAAAGCACGGCCACGAAACUGUGCUCAGCUGCAUAGUCUGCUCACCAAACACAAGAAAUACUUCCAAGACUUGGGGCAGAACCUUGUAAUGGUCAAGUUGCUAUGCCAUAAGCUGCCAGAGGGGUCUCUGCAGGGCCAAGCAGAGGUGGAGCAGUUAAUAUCAGAUCUACAGGAUCAAGCACAAGCUCAUGGCGUCCAAAUGGAGCACAGCUUUGAGCAGUGGUCUCGGUACGAGGAGGUCUCUGAGAGACUGCGUAAGCAGUUGGAGGGGAUGGAUACAAGCUUGUCCAGCCUGGAUUCAGAGCCAGAGGGAGACCUGCAGGGUCUGCUGCAGUCCUAUGAGAGAUUGCACAAGGUCCUGGAAGACACAAGGCCUCAGGUGUGGGAGAUCCAAGACCGAUUCAGGAUCCUACAGAAAAAGGGUUGUGACCUUGAGCGGCCAGGCCAAACUCUCCCGCAGCUGUCGUUACACUGGACGGAUCUUCAUAAUCAGCUACAGCAGAAAAUACAGUCUACACAGAAGAUCAUAAAGAAUUAUGACAGGUUCCAGCGUGACUCAACAGAACUAGAAGAAUGGAUACGUCACGCUCAAGAACAAGUUCAGAAGUGGAACAGUUUAUCUGAUUCUGCUCUUUUGGACUCCAGAACAGUCUUCACCCAGCUCGUAGAGUUCUUCAAGGAGCUGGAGGGCCGUUCAGCACAGAAGGCUUCUGCAGGAAGCGCAGGCGCACAGAUAUUGCAGCUGACUGACAGUCAAGCUCCAGCUCUGCGCAGACGACUGGCUCAACUUGAGCAGGAAUGGACGAACUUGAGUAAUGUCCUACCCACUCUCCACCAGACACAGCAACAACUGUUGACAAACCAGUCUCACAGUCAGAUUUUAGCCAGCUUGACCUCCCAGCUCGAACAUGUAGAGGGACGACUGGAAGACGAAAGCUUGGGGGUCUGUUGUGCCCUCAGUUCCUCUGAGCUGUCUAGACAUCUACAGGAUUUGAAGGAUCUUAAGGCUGAAAUAACCAGUCAUCAGCCAUGCGUUGACUUUCUGAACCAUCAGUCUGUGGAGGGGGCGGGAUCAGUGAAUGAUUCCACCAAUCACUACGAGUGCAUUCUGUUUGCUGAGCAACUGGGAGCUCUCAAUCUGAGUUGGCUUGUUCUAAAGGCCAAAAUUGACAGCAAGAUACAUGAUGUUGAGGACCAAUGGCAGGCCUGCACGGACAGAGAAAAGCAUUUGCGCUGCAUACACUGCUGGAUCUCUCAGCGUAUUGAAUGGGUGAAAAACAGCAGGCGACCAGAGAGCUGCUCACAGAUUGAGCAAACAUUACAGGAGUGUGAGGAAACAGAGGACAGGCUGCAGGGGAAGUCUACUGAGCUGAACGCUCUGAGUGCUCUUCACCUGUUCGGGCAGCAGGAUGGUGAACAUCCUGGGGAUCAAGCGUUCUCCAAGCAGGUGAAAUCAUCCAUCCAGGACUGCCAAGCUUUGAGUCAACAGAUAAAUGUUCUCAAGUCAUAUUUACAGCCAGUCAAAGAUGAUUGGGCUCAGUUUGAAUCUAAAAUGGGUGCAGCAGAACAGCGAACAACCGGGGUGGCCUACAAGCUGGAGCUCUGCAGGGUUUCUGUGUUCUCAUCUGAGCAGAGCCGAACUCACGUAGAUCACCUGCAAGAGCUUAAAAUGGAGCUGAACAAAUCAGAAACCUUGACCCAGUUAACUGAGGAGUUCUCUAACUUGAAAAACAAACUCAACCCUUAUGCGUCUGAACUUUUGUCUGAUCGUCUUGAGAAGGAAAGAACUCGACAUCAAGCAGUGACUGAAGAUGUGCAAGCGGAUUUACUAAAAGCCCAGAAUGCUUUGCUGCUUUGGCUGGAAUACGAGGGACUCGCAGAAGAGUGCUGUGUUCAUCUAAAUCAGCACCGGGAGAGGCUUGGAGAGUUUAUGAGUUCUUCAGACAGAGAAGAAAACACUGUAGAGCUGCUCAACAGAAGGAUGCAGGGCAUCAGUGCUCUGGAGAAAGACAUGUCUGUCUUGCAAAGCAGUGUGGGAAAAGUCCUGGAGGCUUCAAAGCUUCUCAUUGAACAUGUGAAACCCCAGUCAGCCCCUCUAAUCAAAGCAGAAACCAGGUUGAUGUCACGUGACCAUGUGCAUCUUGGCAAGGCACUUUCUGACAUCGGGGCACAAGUUCAGGAGGAGCUGGAGGAGCACCGCCGUUUCAGCACUGACUUGAAAUCAAUGGAGCAAAAACUUCAAAACUUUGAGAGCAUUAUGAGCUCCUCCGCUGCAAGCAUGGAAAGAAUAAAGAUGGUUCUGUUAGAUCUGAGUUGGCUGAACCCUAACCUUACUGCUCUGGAUCAAACGAGUUUUGAAAUCUCCUUAAGCUCUGCAGAGGAGGAGAGGUUACAGACCCUCAACACACAAUGGGUUCAGAUCUUCUCUCAGGCCACAGACAGACACAGGAAGAUGUAUGAAGAGCUGCUGCAUGCUCAGAACUUCCAGCAGAAGUGCCAGUGCUGGAUGGAGCUCCUGGACGUAAUUGAGGCUGGGCUGUCCAAUCAGAUGUCUGGAAACUGUGCUGCUGUAAGAGAGCAGCUAGCUGCACAUCAGAGGCUGAAAGUGGAGGUCCUCAUCAGCCAGCAGCUACAGGAUGCCAUGGUCAAUGAGGCUUCACACUUCCUGGAGAGCAGUCAGAAUGAGGACAGGAGUCGUCUGAUCCUGAGACUAAAGGCACGAUGGCAGGAGAUACGGCAGAGGUUCCAGGAGCAUGGCAAAUGUCUGGAAGGGUUGAUGGGACAGUGGCAACUUUAUGAGUCUGGCUCGAGGAAACUUUCCAAGCUACUCAGAAUCAUCGAAGAAAUUUUGCCACCUGCAGGACUGCCGCCAUGCUGCUUACAGCAACUCCAAUGCUCUAUCAAAGACUUUGAGUGGACAGAGGAACAGCUACAACUUCAUGAAGAACUCUACAUGCAGACUGUGGAGGCAGGCAGACAGAUCCUUCAGCUAUCGGAUUCGCAGACACAGACACGACUGCGGACUGAACUGGAUGCUCUCAGGGAGAUGUGGGAGCGAAGCUGUGACCUUGUGGUCAAAAGAAAAGCUCUCGCAGACACCAUAACUCGUAACUGGAAGCUCUGUGAAACUGGCUUGGCUGAUAGUGCUCUCAAACUGGACGAGAUAAAAGCAAGACUGAAGAGUCCACUGCCAGAGAAGCUAGAUGAUCUAAAAAUACACAUCAAGCUCAUGAAGGAGGACGAAGACUCACUGCAGAUUUGGGCUGGAGGACUGAAAGAGCUAAACACCAUGAAGGCAGACGUGUCUCAGUACGUGCUGCCCACAGACACCAUGCUGCUCCAGGGACAGGUGGAAGAACUUCACAGCCAAUGGGAAGAACUGUGCUUGAAGGUUGCACUUCGCAAGCAGGAAAUAGCUGAUCGCCUGAAUGCCUGGAUAAUCUUCAAUGAUAAAAACAAGGAGCUCUGUGAUUGGUUGAUGAAGAUGGAGAAAAAAGUGGCACACAGGGGCGAAAACCUUAGUAUUGAAGAAAUGGUGGAGAAACUUAAAAAGGACUGCAUGGAGGAGAUUAACCUCUUCAGCGAGAACAAGAGCCACCUCAAGCAGCUGGGCGAGCAGCUCCUAUUGGCCAGCGACAAGGCUAAAGAGGCAGAGAUCCACGGGGCCUUGCAAGAUGUCAACGAUCGUUGGCAGCACCUGUUUGACCACAUUGAAGCUAGGGUGAAAAAGCUGACAGAAACGCUGGUGACUGUGCAGCAGUUGGAUAAGAACAUGAAUAACCUUCGCUCUUGGCUCACUCGAAUUGAAGCUGAGCUAGCCAAACCCGUUCACUACAAUAUCUGCCACAGAGAUGAGAUCCAAAAGAGACUUACUGAGCAACAGGACCUGCAGCGUGACAUCGAGCAGCACACUGAGAGAGUGGCCUCAGUGCUCACCUUGUGUGACGUGCUUCUGCGUGAUGAGGAUGCCUGCAGCGGUGAUGGAGAGAAUGACUCCAUUCAGCAGACCACACAGCGCUUGGACCGGCGCUGGAGAAAUAUCUGCUCCAUGUCUCUGGAGAGGAGGCUGAGGAUUGAGGAGACAUGGAGACUGUGGUGUAAGUUUCAAGAGGAUUACUCUUCCUUUGAGGACUGGCUGAAGGUAGCGGAGCGCUCCGCUGCUGAACCCAAUUCAUCAGACGUCCUGUACACUGACGCCAAAGAGGAACUCCAGAAAUAUGAGGUUUUCCAAAGGCAGGUACAUGAGAGCUUGACCCAGCUGGAAAUUAAUAAUAACCAGUACAGACGACUCGCGAGGGAGAACCGCACCGAUGCAUCCAGUAGACUCAGGGCCAUGGUGCAUCAUCAGAACCAGCGAUGGGACAUGCUCCAGAGGAGAGUGGCUGCAAUACUGCGCAGACUUAGACAUUUCAUAGGCCAGAGAGAAGAGUUUGAGGGAACCCGCGAGAGCCUCCUUGUCUGGCUCACUGAGAUAGACCUCCAGCUGACUAACGUGGAGAACUUCUCAGAGAGCCAUCUCCAAGACAAGAUGAAACAGCUGAAGAGUUUCAAGAAGGAGAUCACUCUGAACACUAAUAAGAUUGACGCUCUGAUCGUGUUUGGGGAGGGUCUGAUUCAGAGGAGUUGUCCUGAAGACGCUGUUGAGAUAGAAGAUGAAUUAGAGGAACUGCACACGUACUGUCAAGAGGUGUUUGGCAGAGUGGCCCGAUUCCACCAGAGCCUCACUAGUCUCCGUCCGCUCCAGGAGCAGCUGGACAUCUUUGAUGGUGAUCAGUCCAGAGGGACACCGGGCUCCCUCUCCUCCAGCCAGCCCUCCAUGUGCCUGUUAUCGCCACCUCAGGAGCGCUCGGGCCGGGAAACCCCCGUGAGUGUGGAUUCUAUCCCUCUGGAGUGGGACCACACUGGGGAUGUUGGUGGCUCUUCUUCACACGAUGAGGAAGAGGAUGCUGCCUUCUUCUCUGCCCUGUCAGAUUUAGAGGUCACAGAAAUCCCAGAAUUCUCAUCUGAGGUGACAAAGAAGCCUUUAGGACAGAAUUGGCACUUUCAAAACACACCUGAAAGAAAAUCCUUCCAGCUGGACUCGUCCUCACCUACACACACCAGCACUCCUUUUAAACAAGGCUACGUCCAGCUGAUGUCUGAGUGCAGUGGCAGCAUUAAGAGUGUGAAGCGGGUUUCUAUGAUCCUGGAUGAUGAGGAAAAGCAGGAGGAACAAGGCCUCACUGGCCUCAACACUGCAGACAAACAAUCAGGAGUGAUUGAGCGCUGGGAGCUGCUGCAGGCUCAAGCAGUGAGUAAAGAGCAGUGCAGCUCCAGAGACCCCCAGCAGCUAACCUCUGACCUGCACGACAUCACUUCCUGGCUGGAUCGUGUCACUCCUGAACUGGACAGCCUGCAGAAGCCCGAGACUGCAGUCAGUGUCGAGAUCUUAGAAGAGCGGGUCAAACAACUUAAAGAAAUGCAGAAGACAUUUGCUUGCUACAAAACCAUGAUGCUGUCUCUGAACCUCGGAGGGCCAGAGCUGCAGCAGGGAGCACCUGAGCUUCAGGAGGGUCUGCGCAGCAUGAAUCGUCGCUGGACAGAAGCUUGCGCGGGACUAGAGGGGUGGGAGGACAGUCUGCGCACUACCCUUGGACGCUGUCAGGAGUUCCACGAGAUGGUCCACUCUCAACUGCUAUGGCUGGCCCAUGCAGAGAGCAGACGCUACACAGUGAACAUGAAUGACUCUUCUGUGCCGUCCUCUGUGCUUCAGGAACACAGGAACACCCUGAAGGAUCUUGCAGAGGAGCUUCAGGGCAGACAGAAGCGAGUGAACUCUCUGCAGGAGAUCGUCUCUGAGCUGCUCCCUGAGGCUGGUGGAGAGGACAGUGCUGAAGCCCGGGAGAAACUCCACGUCAUCGGAAGCAAACUAAGACUACUGUCACGUCAAGUUAACCAGGAUCUCCAAACCAUUGAAGAGAAAUUGGAGUCCACGACUGAUGCUUCAGGAGACAAGAAAUCCACACAAUGCUCUCGGUUAAAGCGCGACCCGUCGCCUCAGCGCUCGUUCUUCUACCGCGUCCUGCGAGCGGCUUUCCCUCUGCAUCUCCUGUUCCUCCUGCUGUUGGUUCUGGCCUGCUUGGUCCCUCUUUCUGAAGACGACUACAGCUGCACCUUUUCCAAUAAUUUUGCCCGCUCGUUCCACCCCAUGUUACGCUACACCAACGGGCCCCCUCCCACAUGAGUCUCAUCAAGAGACUCAAACAUGCCAAGCACCUCACUUUUGUCCAAACUAUAUUUUAACGGUUGUAUUUAUAGAGUAGAUUUUAUACUAUUUAUUCCCUUUUGAGAGCCAUGCUAAGAAUUUUGUUGAUGUGAUCUAAUUUCUUUUUUGUCAUAAUGCUGUAAAGAAAAAAAACAAUCAUUCUAUGAGCUUGAAUGUAAAAAAAAAUAUUUCUAGAUUUCAGCAUAUCAUGCACU